UGUUGUUCAGUGUUCGUACGUCCUCUCAUCACCAUCCAUCCGAUGAAGUGCAAAGUUUUUGUUGGUUUUAUAUUUUCCUUUCGCAAGAGGAGGUAGCUGCUGCCUUCCUUCGUAUCGUAGUUCUUCUGAAACGUUGCUGCGUGUGGAGCGAGUGGAGUGUGGAGUGUAAAGUGAGCCAGUUCGACUUAAAUUAAUACAUUUUUAUGCUGCUCGCGUGCAUGUUGGUGAAAUAGUAGUGCUUGCCUGAGAUGGCUACUGCUGCUGCUGCUUCGGUGUGCUCGUGCUGCUGCUGGCUGCAGUAGUUUCCUUUGGUCGGUCGGUCGGUCGGACGUCGUCUUCGCGUUCGCGGUCGAAGUAAGAAAAAGUUGCAGCGGAAACAAGGUGGCGUGAAAACAGACUGCGGUGCCGCGGCGGAGUGGUUUUUCACGAGCGGUUUUAUUUCGUGCAGAAGAUAAUCAAUUCCGUUAGUAGUAGUGACUGAACAAGAAACCAAAGUGAGACAUUCAAUUCAAGAAACCCAGUGAAUCAUCGAGUGAAACAACGCGCACAGUGCUUCUUCGGUACCAUAGUUAAGGCCCUGUCCGGCCUCCCGCAUCCUGGGGAGGAAGUUGCAGUUCAGGAUCACCAGCAGCACCACCGGCCGGGAAGCGCGCCGCGAUGGGUUACGAUCUGACGCGCUUCCAGGGCGACGUCGACGAGGAGCUCAUCUGUCCGAUCUGCUCCGGAGUGCUCGAAGAGCCACUGCAGGCAGUGGCGUGCGAGCACGCAUUCUGCCGGGCAUGCAUCACGGAGUGGCUUUCACGCCAGCCGACCUGUCCGGUAGAUCGGAAUCCCAUCACCAACAGUAAUCUCCGCGCCGUGCCAAGAAUCCUGCGGAAUCUGCUCUCCCGGUUGAACAUCAGCUGCGAGAAUGCCAUCUACGGGUGCACCUUGGUCCUAAAGCUGGACACGUUGGCCACCCACAUCGAGGAGUGCGAGCACAACCCGAAGCGUCCGCUCCCUUGCGAGAAAGGCUGCGGAUUCGUGAUUCCCAAGGACGAGUACAAGGACCACAACUGCUUCCGGGAGUUGCGCUCGCUGGUGCACAACCAGCAGCAGAAGAUGAGCGAGCUGAAGAACGAGAUCAACGACCAGAAUCUGGUGAUAAACGAGCUGAAGCGGGAACUGAAUCUGGUGAAGGAUUUUAUGAGGGCGAUGCGCGUGUCGAAUCCCGCGAUGCGGGCCAUCGCCGAUCAGAUGGAGCGGGACGAAGUGACGAGGUGGUGCAAUGGACUGGCGCGAGCGCGGGUCACCCGAUGGGGUGGGAUGAUUUCCACCCCGGAUGAGGCUCUGCAGCUGAUGAUUAAACGGGCUCUCUCGGAAUCGGGCUGCCCGCCGCAUAUACUCGACGACCUGAUGGAGAACUGCCACGAGCGGCGGUGGCCCCGAGGGCUCAGCUCGCUGGAGACCCGCCAAAACAACCGACGGAUAUACGAGAACUACGUGUGUCGACGGAUUCCUGGAAAACAAGCCGUUCUCGUGCUGCACUGCGACAACACGCACAUGACCGAGGACGUGAUGGUGGAACCGGGUCUGGUCAUGAUAUUUGCUCACGGGAUAGAGUAAGGCGCUGUAGAUCUGUACACCUGGCCCCAAAAAGGCAAUCAGCGAGCUUUGAUGUGAUGCUGCUCAGUGAAAACGAAAGCUGCAGGAGACCAACUUCUUGUGGAAAUGUUGAGAUUCGAAUCUUUAUACAUACCUAACUACUUAUUACUUGGAACACCGGACCCUUGAAAUAAAACCACACAAAGAUACAGACAAAUAGUAGACAGAACAGCAACACUUGCCACCACCGUUUAUUGAAGACAAAUGGAAAAAAAAUCAACUAUAAUCAACUUCUCAUUUUUUUUUUCAACUGUAAUUUGUAUAUGCGUGAAAAGUUUUGACUGCUUCGGUGCCAUUUUGUUUGAAACGGCGGACAGCACAAUUUUAGUUUAUUAUGAGUAGA